CUGUCCAUCAGUGUUUCAAGGGCAAAAAUACAGUGAGAGGUCUAAUCUGAGGAAUAGUCAUUUACCGUAGAUUACAGUGGAAUACAAUUCAAACGAUGGUGCCACCCUCUGUGUAAUUCAUUACAUGAUAGCGAUGGAAGCUAGUUGUUUGUAUAAAAGCCCAGAGAAGCGGGACCAUCUCUCAGCCUGUCCUCAGCACUUGAAUACCAACGUGUUUUGAACACUUACAAGAAGCUCCUUUAAAGCGGUAGCACGGGCUUACUGGUAAAGCGUCAUGGCGGACUCAAGCUUCAACAACCUGACAUCCCUUGCCAGGGCUUUGUCACAGCCUACACUGAAUCUGAAUGAAAUUAACGAUGUCAACCUUAGUCCUACAAGAAGUAUUCCGCUGUUCAAAUGUCGAAGGAGAAAGUUGUCGAGCUGCAACUCGAUUGAAUUCGUUGAGACUUCACCAAUCUCUCCAGAGGCACGGGUCCUGGUUAUCAACACUGGAGGAACCAUAGGGAUGACCCUUCACGAUAAGGUGCUUGCUCCAAAAGCUAAUUCUUUUUUCGAGAGUCUACGGAAGUUGCCUAUCCUUCACGAUGAGUCUUAUGCCCAGCAGACCCACAUGUACGACUACUAUGGACCUGAGAACUUCCUCGUCCUGCCGAAUCCAACGCCCCAAUCUGGCCAUCAAUAUCAUGGGCUAAGUAAAGAAAAAAAGAGAAUACUCUACAGUAUAAUGGAAUACCAACCUCUGCUGGACUCCUCCAAUAUGACCACAGAUGACUGGGGUAAAAUAGGAAAGGACAUUGAGAAAAACUACGAAGACUACGAUGGAUUUGUGAUCCUCCAUGGCACAGACACUAUGGCUUACACAGCCUCUGCCCUGUCCUUCAUGUGCGAACAUUUGGGCAAACCGAUCAUUGUCACCGGAUCACAGGUGCCGAUCUAUGAGAUGAGGAAUGAUGGCAGAGACAACCUGCUGGGGGCGCUGCUGAUUGCUGGCCAUUUUGUCAUUCCUGAGGUGUGCUUGUAUUUCUACAACAACCUCUACAGAGGGAAUCGAUCUACCAAGGUGGAUGCUGGGAGUUUCAAUGCGUUCUCGUCUCCUAACUUGGCUCCUCUGGCCUGUGCUGAAGUGGACAUUACAAUCAACUGGGAUACAGUGUGGAGAGCAAAUACCACAGCAAAGUUCCAUGUCAGCACCGAGCUGAACAGGAACGUGGGGCUGCUCAGGCUGUUCCCAGGAAUCACUUCUGCUACUAUGAAAGCUUUCCUGCAGCCACCCAUGGAGGGUGUGGUGCUGGAGACGUACGGCAGCGGAAAUGCCCCCGAUAACCGUCCUGACCUGCUGGCCGAGCUGAAGAAGGCCACCGACUGUGGUGUCAUCAUCAUCAACUGCACCCAGUGUCUGAGGGGAACUGUGUCUGCGUCUUACGCCACUGGGAAAGUGUUGAUGGACGCUGGGCUGAUAGCUGGUGGGGACAUGACUCCAGAGGCGGCGCUGUCAAAGCUGUCCUACGUUUUGGCCAAAAAAGAUUUAACUCUUGAUGCUAAGAAAAAGAUGAUGGCUCAGAACCUGCGAGGUGAGAUGAGUGCUGACUUAGCAGGAGCCAAGCUUUGUCUGAGCGACAGCCGCUUCAUCCAGGUCAUCGCCAAGUCCUUGAGCAUCAGCUGCAAGGAGGAGCUGGAAGCCAUCCGCGACGCCCUGACUCCCCCUCUGGCAUGUGCUGCUGCUAAGAUCGGAGACAUUGAAGCCUUGGAAGCCCUAAAGGAAAUGGGCAGUAACUUGUUCCUGGGGGACUAUGAUGGCCGCACGCCGCUACAUAUUGCCGCCUGUGAGGGCCACCUGAAGCUGGUGAAGUACCUACUCGGCCAUGGAGCUACAGUCUAUGCUAAAGAUCGUUACGGCGACACACCCCUAUGCAACGCUGUACGCUUCAGGCACAAGGAGGUGGUGAAGCUGCUGAGGAAGACCGGAGCGCACUUCUCCAGAGACGAGUUGGAGGAAGCAGGAACAGAGUUGUGCAGCCUGGCAGCCAGCGGUGACAUGGAGGGCCUGGAAAUCUGGAGCCUGGCCGGAGCCGAUCUCAAUAGACCAGGCUACGACGGGCAGUCAGCAAUUCUAGUGGCUGAGGCUGCUGGCAAACAGGAAGUGGUGGCCUUUUUACACCAACUCAAAAAAAAGACAGUAAUUGGUGAAUUUAAUGAGUGUGAUGAAUAUGAUGAUGAUGAUGAUGAUGAGAGCGAAGGGAUCGAGUUCACAGCCGCCCCGCUAGGACAGUGAGCUGACGCUGCCUCCACCAGCAGGAAUCUUCCUCAUUUCUCAUCCUCCUCCUCCCAAGCCGCCCUGUGAACAUGGUCCCAUUGAGUUUCAGAGAGUUGCUCUCACUUUGAAUGUUUAGAUUUGCAUACCUGUUUAAAGCCAUUACUUAUGUUUCCCUCCAAACUAAAAGCUAGCACAACGUUGUUUAGAAACGACUUUCACUAAGAGGCCCAACAAGGAUAACACUAUGUAUUUGUCUGAUUGUUACACAGUAGUAUACAUGUAUUUAUUAGGAGAAACAUAUAUUAUCAUCCUGAAUGUGAAUGAUCAAUCAGGGAUAAUGGUGAAAUUCACCUGUUUUUAUCUUGGAGAGUGCUUAAACCUCCCGUUACUCCUUCAAUAGAGGAUGGUUGUUAAAUAAGUUUUUAUAUGUACUAGGAGUUAAAGAACUCUGACAGCUGUAACAGUACUUUCUAAAAAGUAGUGUGUGUUGCUGUAUCAAUAUAUUCAAAAUAUCUGAAACUACAGGGUACAUCACAGAUUUUAUUUUUAUGGCUAUUUUUACAGUGAGAUGCUGGAGAGUAUCGUAUUAACUCAUUAAGGUUGUCUUUAUUGUAUCUUAUUCAACUGUAGCUCUUUUCCACUGCCCUUUCCAUUUCCUGUUGCUAAAACAGGUACAACCAAAACCUGCAGUUACUUCUCAGACUCAUCCGGCCUGUUUGUUGCACUGAUUACCAAGCUUGAAGGGUGGCAUAUCUCACUCUGAAAUGGACUGGGGGAGUUUAGACUAUUGUGUGAGCCAGAUAAAGAUGGUUCCCAGUUUCCGUGUUUUCUUCUGUAUUUCUUUUUAUUUAGUGUCAACGAUCACAAACAAAUAACUUACUGUUCUUUCCUUAUCUUUGUUCUGGAACGCGUGAAUGAUGUCAAACAUCGCUAAUUUUUGUUUGGUUUAAAAAGGGAAUUAUAUCAAUCUAGUUUAAAAGGGAAUGUUCCACGAAAUGCGGUCUCUGCAUUUGACCCCCCCCCACUGCUCCUAACACUAGGAUGGGUCAAAUGCAGAGACCGCAUUUCGUUGUCCUAGUAGUUGUACUCUGUGCAAUGACAAUAAAGUUGAAUCUUCAAUCUUGAAUCUGAAUCUUAUCUUUGUUCUGGAACGCGUGACUGAUGUCAAACAUCGCUAAUUUUUGUUUGGUUUAAAAAGGGAAUUAUAUCAAUCUAGUUUAAAAGGGAAUGUUCUUGGAUUAAUGUGACUUUAAAGUGCAAACUAAUUUAAAUGACUUGAAAAUGUCCGGUGUUUUCAAUGCUUUGUUAUUGUCCCAUUGUUGUAUUUUCAAAGAGUGUGAAGGAUGGUCUUCUUCCUUGUAUGAAAAAAAAAAAAAAAAGCAACAGAAAUAAAUCACUUGUAUCAAA